AUGGACACCCUAAGCGACUACUCGGCUCCUGCCACGGCUAGCGACUCGGCACCCAGCACCUCUCGACGGUCAUCACUCUCCCUUGCGCCCGCCAGCAAAUCGAACGAUACGCUUCCCAUCGGUGUCCCAACUUGUUCACUCUUCGAGAUUCGCCAGACACAGUUUGCGGGUCGUGCCGUAUUCGCAAGUCAAGAUAUUGGUGCUGGCACAGUGAUAUGGCGGUCAGACGACCUUACACUCUCUGUGUUACUACGCGAGUACAGGCGGGAGGUCUGCGGGCAAUGCUUCAAGUAUGAUUACGGCCGUGAUCUAGAGAUACGGGACAAGGAUGUUGGAUUUGCUUUCUGCUCGAAAACAUGUCGAGAGAAGUGGAUAGUAGACAAUGGCGAAGUCGGAGUGCAGGCUUGGGCUGCGGUGGAGAAACUCACAAAGGGACGAGGAAAAGAAGAUAGCGAGAUGGUCGAGCUCGAUUUGCCGCGGCCAAAAUCGAAAGAUAUCAAGGAGGCGUGGGAGACGGUCGCAGCUCAGGCUGCGCUGAUUCGGAUUGCCAGAGAAGGAGAGGGUGACAAGGGUGAUGGGGAGAAGGGCGCGGUGCAGAUCACAAAGCAGCACAAGAAAGCACUGCAAAAGGCGUUGCAACAGCAGAUAACACCAGACGUCAUGACCUUCUGUCUCGGUGGUAUUCUCUGGCGCUAUCACCACGCCGCAGACUGGCAGCGAGUGCUCGCUCUUGCGGCGGACGAGACGCCGUAUCACAGCACUGACGAUCUGGAGGCAUUUACGAGGACGUACGUCGCUCUAUUGGCCAUUCUUCCUCUCCCGCUGCUUCCUCUUGUAACUUCUGAGAUGAUCUUCACGCUAUCGUCGCGCGAUUCCCACAACUCUUUUGGUGUACGCUCGCUGGAGGAUGAUGGAUCCGAGUUCUUUGGAUAUGGUUGCUGGCCCGCGGCAAGCUACUUUAACCACUCAUGCCAUCCAAACGUGGAGAAACAGAGAGACGGGCGGGCCUGGACGUUUAGGGCAAGACGAGCGAUUGCCAAAGGGGACGAGCUGUGCAUUACCUAUCUCAGCGGAGAAGAGCGCAAGCUAAGUCGGGCGAAGAGGAUGCUGAGGCUGAAGAAGACGUGGGGGUUUGACUGUUCGUGCGAGAGAUGCGAGGCUGGAUAG